AUGCUGCUGCAUGGCAGCCCAUAUCUUGCAUUCUACAAUCCUCUUCAGCAGCCCAGUGCUCUUGCUUCUUGUACAUUAUCUUGUCCUCCUAAUGUAACAUCUCUGCCAGUUCAAAGAUGGUCUCAAUCUAUGCAGCGGCUUUUUGAGAAACAUCUUGCACAUCUUACAGCAUCAGCAGGAUUUGUUUUCUGCUGGGUUGAUAAUUCCAAGUGGCACACUUUGUGUCAUGACUUUAUUCCUGGUGCAAAAUUACCAUCUUAA